AUCCUCGCAGGAUGAGUUCUAUCAUCAUGGUCGGUCUGCUACGCACUCCGCUACGUGCACAGCGGCCAGCGUUCAGCUCAUGCAUUCCAUUCCGGAAUCUGUCCACAACCUCUUCUCGCAUAACGCUCCUUCACACGUCAAGUUUGCUUCGAGGAUGCCCUAAGCAACUCCUGCCCGCAACCCCGACCCGUGCACUGUCUCUGUCAUCUAUCUUCGCGCCACGGAAACCCACACCUGUCCCUCCCCCACAAGUCGUUGCUAACAUUGCUGCUAUCGAAGCCGCUGCUGACGCGAGUCCUCACGAUGUCGAGAAACAAGUCGCGUUGUUCGAGGCUCUACUUAGUACGAACGUCAAGGCUGGGUACGAUGUGAUCAUCUCUCGCUGGGAAAGGAUGUGUGAAUUCGAUCCCACUAGCUCCCUGCUGCGCUCUGACACGGCAUUCCGACUCUAUCUCACGGCACUGAUGAAGAACGGUUUGGAGUCAUCUAUCAACGCUGCUGUUCGUCGAAGAGACUCUCUACUGGGUUCUGCAGCUGUAGCUGCCUCAACUAUUGAGAACGAUGCAACCGCGGGUGAUCCUGCGUCUGCUACUACCUCCUCGGCUAGCACUUCCGGUCCUUCCUUCACUUCAGCAACGACUUCAAUACCAUCUUCGAGCCAAGACGUAGCUCAAUCGGUUUUAGCUAGCGUAGGGACGGCAAAAACACAAACUUCGACUGGACCUCUAAGCUCGGAUAUGUCAAAGAUUGCUGCAGCUUUGUCUACUGGCGCAGGCGUACCGAACAACCCCAUUGUGGUCACCUUGGCUGAACCGAAAGGCUCGUGGAUCCCCCGCUUGGUCAGAUUCCUGGUGUACUCGGCUGUCUUUACUUUCUUCAUGCUCGUCGUAUUCUCUGUUCUGCUUGAGAACUCUGGCUUACUCAAGGCUGGCCCUCGGCAGGCUGAGUUUGAGCCUGCUGCUGGCAAGACCUACAAAUUCAGCGAUGUGCAUGGCGUCGAUGAGGCAAAGGAUGAGCUCCAAGAGGUUGUCAUGUUCUUGAAGGACCCGACGAACUUUACGGCUCUUGGCGGAAAGCUUCCUAAGGGUAUUCUUCUGACAGGUCCCCCAGGCACUGGAAAGACUAUGCUCGCUCGUGCGGUUGCUGGUGAAGCUGGCGUUGCCUUCCUCUUCGCCUCCGGCUCAGAGUUUGACGAGAUGUUCGUUGGGGUUGGUGCAAAGCGCAUGCGUGAAUUGUUCGCUGCUGCCCGCAAGAAGCAGCCUGCCAUCAUAUUCAUCGACGAAUUGGAUGCUGUUGGCGGAAAGCGCACUAGCCGCGACUCCCAGUACAUGAGGCAGACUCUGAACCAGCUUCUGACGGAGAUGGAUGGCUUCCUUCAGAAUGAAGGCAUCAUCGUUAUUGGCGCUACUAACUUCCCGGAUAGUUUGGACCCCGCUCUAGUUCGUCCCGGUCGUUUCGAUAGACACAUAGCGGUCCCGCUGCCCGAUGUUCGUGGGCGUACCCAGAUCCUUAAACACCACAUGCAGAACAUCGUCACCGAUCCAGAGGUUAACCUAAUGGUUCUCGCACGAGGCACGCCAGGUUUCUCCGGUGCUGAUCUUCAGAACAUGGUCAAUAUGGCUGCUGUCCAGGCCUCAAGGGAUGGUGCUUCUGCCGUGAACCUUAAGCAUUUCGAGUGGGCAAAGGAUCGCAUUGUCAUGGGCGCCGAGCGCAAGAGCGCAUUCAUCAGCGACCAUGUCAAGAAAAUGACCGCAUACCACGAGGGUGGUCAUGCGCUAGUUGCGCUGUACACGGACGGCGCAAUGCCGCUUCACAAGGUUACUUGUGUUCCCCGCGGACACGCGCUCGGAGUGACCAGCCAACUUCCCGAAGAUGACAUGUACUCCCGAUCGUUCAAGGAAUACUUGGCUGACAUUGACGUGUGCAUGGGUGGCCGUGUUGCCGAGGAGCUCGCGUAUGGCGCCGAGAACGUAACAAGUGGUGCGUCUUCUGACAUCACAAAAGCCACGCACAUCGCGAGAUCUAUGGUCAAGAAAUGGGGAUUCUCGUCGAAGAUUGGCCCUGUGUACUACAGUGACCGGGAUAGCCCCAUCAGUCCUUCGAAGCAGGAUGAGAUAGAAGCAGAAGUCCGCAAGAUCCUGACGAGUGGCGAAUCCCGCGUUCUUUCUCUAUUGAGGUCGAAAGAGGAGGAAUUGCAUCUUCUCGCUGCCGCGCUCGUAGAACAUGAGACCCUUGACGCAGAAGAGGUCAAGAAGGUCGUCAAGGGCGAGCCAAUACGGAGUGUAGUUGAAGUUAUUCAAGAAGACCUCACGCGUAUGUCGAGCGAGGCAUCAUAGCAUCGGCGAGGCCGUCUAGAUAUUCCUAUCCGUCUUUCUCUCUAUAUCUUUGUACUACUUUUGUGUGCAGACGUCAUAUACGACUAAUGAUCUAAUCCUCGC